CAGCCAAUGAAAGAGGAGAAAACCUAAGGCGCGGAAAAUUUAACACGUUAUAGCGUAUAUCCUCACCCCCAACAGCCUUAACGUGCAUUUAUGGUACAUCACUCAAUGGCUUAUAUUCUUACGAAAAUGUUUAAAUUACGGUUUUCACACUUCUCAUUCAUUACACGCUUAUGCACUUCAUCAACUUAUUCAACAGUUAAUACUUCCGUGCCCCUUUUAGAGUUGAAAAACCGACACAGAAGUCUUAUAGAUAAUCUCGAUACCUUUGUAAAGCAAUCACCAAAGAAGUCAUGUUGUCAUUUAGUUAUCAUACCAGCCUCGGAGAUACAGUAUAUGGCGUAUCAUGUUCCAUAUCCAUUCCACCAGGAUUCCAAUUUUUUCUACUUCACGGGAUUGAAUGAACCAAAUGGUAUUUUGUUGGUUUGUAGAAAUGAAAUUGAAGGAAACGGAGACGACGUUUGUUGGUCAACUCAUCUGUUUCUUGAGAUGCAUAAUAAGCAUGCAGAGAUCUGGAAUGGUCCAACUUUAACAUUAUCAGAGGCGUCUUCAUUGACUGGGAUCAAACACUGCUAUCCUUUAAACGACUUACGCAAUUUCCUGCACCAACAAGUUGCAUCCUCAUCAUCACUUUGUGUUUGGUACAGUCCGUUAUCAUCUGACGAACCUUUUGAGCGUCCUCAAAAUAAAUUUGUCUUAAGAAACAUUUCAAAGUUUUUAAAAGAGAUAAACAACAAAAACGUUAGUUUUGAAAAUCCAGAGCAUAUUAUCGAUAAUCUUCGUUUCAAAAAGUCAAACUAUGAAAUUAGCCAGAUGAAACUGGCAGUUGUCGCAGCUAUUGAAUCGUUGGAAUCUGCUAUGCAAAUCACGAAACCAGGAAUAACGGAAACUUCUUUACAAAGUCACAUUGAAUAUCAAAUGCGCAGUCGAGGUUGUUCUGUCGGAUAUCCACCUGUUGUUGCUGGAGGUUAUCGAACAAAUAUUAUCCAUUACAUGAGAAACAAUUCUGAAAUCAGAGAUGGAGAGCUUAUCUUGGUGGAUGCCGGCUGUCGUGUAAAUGGAUACACAUCCGACAUCACUAGAACUUGGCCAGUCAAUGGUUAUUUCUCACCAACUCAGAAAAUUGUACACGAGAUACUUCUUGAAAUUCAAAAAUCUUGCGCUUCUGUAGCCUCUCCUGAGAAAAGUUUACAAGAUUUGUAUAAUCACAUGUUAUCAGAAAUUGGACGACAUCUGGUUAAUGAACGUAUAAUUCCAGACCAAGAUAGACUAUAUGUAAGUUGAUGCUUGAAUAUACCGUUUAAAGUUAAGUAGAAUGUGCUGUCCAAAUUACGUUUCCUUCAUAUCACUUAUGGGAUAUCAAGGAAAUUUCCUAGAAACAUAUUUUAGUGAUUAUAUGUACUCAUAUAUGCAUUCCUGUUACGUAACCACCGCUUUGAAAUUAAGCACUUUCAGGUCACAUAAGAAUGCUGAAUAUUGAUACUACAAGCAAUUCACUGGUCUGAGUAGAAAUGCUAAAAUCUCCGAAAUUGUGGAAUCCCAGCAUAGCUCAAGGUCAUCUAGUCUACAUAUUUACAGCUGUUGUGAUUGCCAACUUCGUUCAAAUCUUAAACUUGACUGCCGAGUUUUAUUGCUUUCUACCUUCACCUUGACUAAAAGCUUACAUACAACCCCUUAUCUUUAAAGAAAAGUAAAUCAGUUGGAGUUAUGACUGAAAGAUGCCUCGAACUUACUUAUAGACAUAUUGUGCAGUUGAUGUCUCUUUUGUGUUUAGCAAUUUUUGUCUACUGUAAUAGUAAUGCACUCGUCUGUAACGUCUACUCAGUAGUUUUAUGCUCUACCGCUUUAUAAGGGAUAACUAUUCCCAUUUUUGUUGAAAUUUUACGUAUCACAAAGUAAAAAUACAUUUAAAUAAAUACCAGAUAAGUGUAAUACAAAAAUAGUAUGAUUCUAUUUUUGCUCCUUUCUUUUCCGUAUACUGCUUCAAGAUGUAGCAAAUUAAUUGGUACUUUUUUGUGCCGUGUUCCACGCUGAUGUGUUAGUAAGCUAUCAGAUCAACCAAAGUUGAUGUUUUAUAAGAACCCGCUUAUCUGGUAAUUAAUUCGACCAAUGUAGUUUCCAUCUUCGUAAUGUGAUCUAUAUUUUCCAAGAACUAGUACAAUCAUGGUUUAAUUCUACUCAGCUUCUCUCAUACACUAUGAGAAAGGACAGAGGUAAGUCAGCUUUGGAGACCGUUCGUUUUGAAACGUUCAAUCUAUCCAUUGGAAGCGGAAGAGUACUAAACAAGUAAAAGAGAGUUGACCAUUGAGUAUGUAGUUUUGAUGAAACCUCUUGAUCUACAUUAACGUGUUUCUGUUCACUUAAUGUGUUCAUUAGUAUUUUUAAUCAGCAAACUAGGGCGAUAUCGCUUCUCUUCAGUUGGAUUUAGUCAACUAGCCUCCUAAUUAAGCACAUUUAAUAACUAACGAACAUUUGACGCGCUCCACUCGAUUAAUAUGUAAAUCACGAAUUUCGCUGGUGAGAGACAUUACUUUGGAAUCAUCUGUACGUUGUUUUUGUAUUUAGUGCUUUUAUGUAUUUCGUGUUCGUUUGCGAUUUUGAAACAAGAGUAAAGCGCACUGAGGCGUUCCAACUUAUUUGUGGUGAGAAAAACUACUACACUCACUAUUAUUCCCUUUGGUUCCAAGUGGAACUACAGCAUCUCUUCAUUCUGUCCUCUUCUGGUUCCACGAAUGCUCUUAAGCUUUCAUUUCCCCAUACAAUCUCCAUUUCACCCUUGGACGUCCAACUCGUCAUUUACCACCCGCGAUCCACUCGAGAUCCCGGCGCGCGACAUCACUCACCAGUCUACUCAGAAUGCCGGAUCCAUCUAACUGUGUUGGAAAUAUUUGGGAUAUUUUUCAUGUGCAAUUUACGCGUGACUGCAAAUCCAAGUGUCCUACUUUUAUUUUUAAUGAAUUGUUUAUAAUGAUGCUUAACACGCGUAUCCGGUCUUACCCUACUGCAUUACUAAAGAGUGAGUGUAUCUUGCAAAGAACACUUUGGGUUGCUUUAUUUUGUGAAUCUACUAUGCGUGUGAUAAAGCAGCCCUACACAUUUAAAUAAUAUUUGACAAACUUGAAUAUAAAUGGUAAGAUCUACUUGUUGAAAUAAUAUACAGAUGUCUUUAUUAUUUCUGUCCAGCUAUACAAUCACUAAUUAAAUCAAAUGCUUAUUUUUGUAAUUUAGGUGGCGCAAAAAGUUUGUCCACACCAUGUCGGGCAUUACCUUGGUCUGGAUGUGCAUGAUACUCCAACAAUACCAUACACGAGACGUCUUCAAGCGGGUGUGGUCUUUCCUCUAGAACCAGGUAUAUAUUUCAGGAGUGAUCUGGCCAACUUAGGCAUAUCUAAGGAGUUCAUGGGCAUCGGUAUGAGGGUAGAGGAUGAUUUCGUUAUGACAAAUGAUGGUUCUAUUCAGAAUCUGAAACACGUAGAACUUGACAAAAGCUAAAAUACCAUUUGAUCCUUGUAAAACUAACAUACAUCCAUAUUGAUUUCAGUAAUAUUUUCUAUUAAAUAUACUUUUUCCACUGAUUUCUUAGUUGUAUCGUAACAAGGGUUGUACUACUGUUAAUGUUGUUUUGUUGGUGACUUAUUUCAG